CAUAGGCGGCGUCUACAUGCGAUGCGCAAGGGCGCCGCCGCUGCUAAGCGAUUGCAGCUGCAGCAGCUACGGCAGCAGCAACAACUGCUGUUAUCAACGGAUGCCGCCUCGUCGUCGGCGUCCUCUCGCUUGGCCGCGGCACUGAUUUCCUCUGCGGUGGCUCUCAGUGCUGUUUCGACUUCAAGCACGGCCUGCACGGCGAGUAUUGUAAAUAAUCAUCAUCAAAGCCAUACACCACAGCAGCAGCAGCAGCAACAACAGCAACAGCAGCAACAACAGCAACAGCAGCAACAACAGCAGCAGCAACACACCACAGCACGGACACACUUUCAGCAACAGGCACAUUCACAUCAGCACUCUCACAGGCAUCAUCAUCACCAUCACCACCAUCAUCACCACCACCACCAUCACCAGCAGCCAAAUCAUUCGCACAAUCACCAUCAAUGUCGCACGAAACGCAAACUGCAAAAAUUGUAUUAUACGCUUUGCCGUUAGACUUGUACACCUAAUUAUAAACUAUCU